CUGUUUGUCUCUUCCCGUACCUCUGCGCCGAACCUUAUCGGGCUGUCGCAAAGCAGGAGUCGAAUUUUCCUUGCUUGCUUUCCUGGGUCGCGUGGAUUAGCUGACGGAUAUCGAGCACCAUGAGUCGGGUCGUGCUGGACGGCGACCACUUGGUGAGCCACCUGCUGAAUUUCCCGGAGAGCGUCGAGAAGCUCGCGUUCUCGUCUCGCCCGCACGAUGCCGCCGCCGCCGCCGGCGAGGGCAAGGGCGGGGCGGGCAUCCCUGCCGAUAUCCUGGAGACCCCGAAGGAGUACGUGUUCUACUUCGACGUCCCUGGCCUCUCCAAGUCUGAUGUCCAGGUGACCGUGGAAGACGAUCAGAAGUCGCUGGUGAUAAGGAGCAACGGGAAGAGGAAGCGGGAGGACGCGGUGGAGGACGAGGGCUGCAAGUACGUGAGGCUGGAGAGGAGGGUGCCGCGGAACCUGACCAGGAAGUUCCGGUUGCCGGACGAUGCCAACCCGUCGGCCAUCAGUGCCAAGUGCGAGAAUGGAGUGCUGACGAUCACGGUGGAGAAGCUGCCUGCGCCCAAGCCGAGGAUGGUCAAGGUUGCUAUCAAUUGAGGCCGAGCGUUGGCUGCCACCUUCUUGCCGGUUCAUUGUUCAGUACUUUGUUCUGUGAUUAGCCUUGUAGACAGAUGAACUUCGUAGGAUUAGGACAAUGCUGAAUAGGCUUUGGGAUUGUUCCUUGUCGAUGCGCGUGGUGUGACCCUCUUGUCAACGAGUAUAUGCCAUAUUGUGAAGAGCAAUGAGUCCUCAAUUCUGUCGUGCUCCCAACUUAUGUUGAGAUCUUAUCCAGAUUCGGGAUGAAAUCCAGGUUGUUCGAACGUGCA